AUGAGGGCGGAGCACAAAUCGUUUGGAGAACAUACUUCGUGUUCAUCAGAUUAUAAUGGUAGUUUGGCAUACAAUGGUUGUAUUAUCACAACCGGAUCACUCUCAUACAACCUUAGGAUGCAAAAUCAUGCCAUAGCAUGGGCAAACUCCUGUAAAAGUGACCCAAAGAAGGAAAAGGAAGAACCAAAUGCAGCCUUGCACCGCUUAUUCCAAAAUGAAUCGGUUGGUUCAGGCGGAAAAAGGGCUAGUGAUACCUUACUAUGGAACAAUAUUUACGUAUUGAGCACCAAGUCCAAGGGAUUUUACGGAAAACUUGAUCAAGAUGAGAGAUCUACACUUGUAUUUCUCGAUGUGUUUGAUAUAGGAAGAUUUAUAAGGCGGUAUUUCCUGUUGGACGCUUUGAUGAGACUAUCUACAUCGCUAGGGACGAGCAGUACAGGAGCAUGGAUAGGCUUCAGAAAUUGGAUCUUGUUGCUCAUAAUCAACACUUUGACCGGAAUAUUGUAUCUAUUUUCCUUGGGCAUCAAGUCUGCCUUUAUUUUCAUAAGGUAUUUCAUCGCUAUCAUGUCAAUUCCCAGGUUAAAAUGCAUUAUUGUAAUGUCUCCACCAUGUUUUCCGACGGUUUUUGUCUGUAUUUUUGCUCGGUUAUUUAUAAAGGAUCUACGAAUAAUUGUAGAUGUGCACAAUUAUGCGUUUUGCAUGCUCAUACCACCUUGCUACUUGAACGUACCAGAAACCUCUAAUAAGACAUUGAUAAAUUAUUUUUACAAGAGCUUUUAUGGGCUGAGGUCAUGCAUCUUCAGACUGUUCAUAAACAUUCUUUCUGCCAUUGAAAGGGAAUGCUAUUCCAGAUGUAAUAUAAUUUUAACGGUUUCUAAUUCCAUGAAGGACGACUUAAAGGCUAGGUGGGGACUUAGAUCCUGUGUUUACAGAGAUAGACCUUCCCCUGAAAACAAGCUUAUGGAUGACCUGGAAAAACAUAUUGUUUUUUACAAGUAUUUUAAUGGAACCAGCGAGAUAACACCACUUAUAGCAUCCUUCAAUCCGAACAUCAGAGAAUCUAUUCCAUCGUUUGGAUCGAUCGACAGCAUUUCCAGAGUAUACAAGAUUAGAGACUACAUUAAAAAGGCCACCUCAAAAAAGGAUCAUCCUCCGCUACUUCAAAACAUUUCUAUCGCAUCGCACAAAUUCAUAUUUGAAUCGGAUACCAAUGAUAUUAAUCGGGAAACUGUUGAUUCCAGCAUACUUGACGGAAUAUACGAGAAGGGAUUUCUAAGGGGAAGAGGUGUAUGGACUGUUGCAGAUUUUACUCGGGAGGAAGAUACGGUUACGACAGUAUCGCUUUUCGUAAACAAGCAUAAUAGAAUCUUUGAGGUUUUGAGUGAAAGAUUGGAUUUACUUGAUAGUUCAAAGUUCAAGGAUGUUGUUUACGUGGAGGAAACUAUAUUUGGAAGACUUGUGAUUAUAUCCAAACAAAAUUCUGCCGGUAUAGACUUCUCUAAGCGUAAUAUAAAGCUCAAGAUUUUUGGAAACACAGAUGGUAUAUUUUUGAUUUAUAAACGCAAGAAAGAGCGUCCAGUAUUUGCAAUAACAUCCACAUCAUUUUCGUCAGACGAAGAUUUGGGCAUGUUAAUUAGUGCCGUUAAGAAAUAUGAUGAAAUAUACGCCAAUUCGUAUAGGGAAUAUAUUUUGGAUGGGGGAUUGCUGCAUCCUCAACUUAUACUUAUUAUUACUGGUGAUGGAUUCAAAAAAUCUUUGUUCAAGGAUCUAGUUUCUAGGGUUAGACUUCGAAAUACAAUUGUGCGUUUUGCGUUCAUAAAGAGCAACGACUAUUUCAACUUUGUGGGCUCAGCAGAUUUUGGUAUUAGUAUGCAUACUUCCUUCUCAGGCCUAGAUCUUCCUAUAAAAAUUAUUACAAUGCAGGGAUGUGGUUUGCCUGUGAUAUCUUACAAGUACGGUGCUGUCUCUGAAUUGGUACAUAAUAGGUUUAAUGGAAUGCUCUUUUCUUCUUCGCAUGAAUUAUCACAAAUUUUGAUUGACUCCCUUUUAGGAUUUCCAUAUAACUAUGAUAAGGGUUCGCCAGAAGAAUCUGCGGCUCAUAACGCAUUUUCUCGUUUAAAGAACAAGUUGAAUGGGAGGUCUGUUGUACACUCCAUUGAGCCUGGAGCCUCGAGUGUGAGUUGCUUCAGGGUAUUUUCAUUGAGCGAUAUGAUUAUAAACGCUAGAAAGCUCGUUACGUGUGAUUUUUUGCACGAGUGGAAGACAAAAAUCAAGCCACUUGUUUAUUUGUAA